UCGCGCAGGACCUCCCAGUCCUUCCCGUGCUGUUUAUUUCAGGAAACGGGACAGUCAGUAAAUACAACCACAUUCUCGGGUGGCACACGAACCGCAGACGAAGGAAAGCAUGCUGAAGGUUGUGUGAGCAGGACGCGAAGAUGGUGUUUGAGUCAGUGGUGGUCGAUGUCUUGAACCGGUUUCUGGGGGACUAUGUGGUGAACCUCGACAGCUCGCAGCUCAGCCUCGGCAUAUGGGGAGGUGAUGCCAUAUUAAGAAACCUUGAGAUAAAAGAAAAUGCCUUGAGUCAACUGGACAUUCCUUUCAAAGUCAGAGCGGGACACAUAGUAAAACCAGUCUGCACUGAGAUCUCCAACAUACACGUCCGCUAUGAGGAUGCUGUCACCAAUCCCGAUGCUCCGCUCUCCUUCGGAGUGUCCCUGCAGAACCUCAGCCUCCAGACCGCUGAUCAGAAUUGGACACCAUGUCUUCUGGAUGAGAAAGCCAAGCUGUUUUUCAAGCUUGUACGUCUGGACAAUCUGUUUGCGUACUGGAAUGUGAAUUCAGAGCUCUACUCCAACCACAACCCUGAUGAGGCUCUGCGACACCUGAAGCACAGUGUAGCCAUCCAGAGCGCUAUCCCUAAAGAUUAUCAUUUCAUCUUUCGUCCAAUAUCUGCAAGCGCCAAGCUGCGCAUGAAUCCUCGCUCCGAUGUGGACUUCUCCUCACCAAAAGUGGAUCUAGUGGUCAACCUCCCUGAGGUGGCUGUUGAACUUAGCCGUCCACAGUACGUGAGCAUUCUGGAGCUGUUGGGAUCGGUGGAUAUGAUGACCCGGAACCUUCCAUACAGGAAAUAUCGUCCAGAUGUGGCAGUUCACACUAAUGCGCGUCAGUGGUGGCGAUAUGUGAUCACAGGCGUUUUGGAGGUCAAUGUAAAGCCCCGCCUUUACAUGUGGUCAUGGCAACGCAUCCGUCACCAUCGGCAACAUGUGAAAAAGUACCGAGAGAUCUAUAAGAACAAAAUCACCAGUAAGAAGCCUGCAGAGAGUCUGCUGAAGGAGCUUGAGGAGACUGAAAGAACCCUGGAUAUAUUCAACAUCACUAUGGCGAGACAGCAGGCUGAGAUGGAGGCCUCAAAGGCGGGGCUCAGGAUAUACCGUCCUGGGGUGAAAGUGGAGGAAGAACAGUCACAGGGCUGGUUCGGCUGGAUGUGGAGCUGGUCUGGAGAAAGUGGCACACAAACCAAAGAUGUCAAAACGGGAGGUUUUGAUGAGCUAAUGACUCCAGCGGAGAAAGCCAAACUAUACGCUGCCAUUGGAUACAGCGAGACAGCCGUCAAUCCUAACCUGCCAAAAAAUUUUGAAAAUAUGAAGAUACAUUUCCAGCUUAAUCGCCUGUCUCUGUCAAUCAAAGAGAGCCGAGAGAAGCCGGAGAUAAUCCAACUGUCCGUCAUUGAUCUGAAAGCCAUGCUGACUCAAAGACCUGCGGCCCAAGCAAUGAAGAUCUCUGCUCAGCUGUCAUCGUUUGAAGUGUCGGGUCUCCCACGAGGCAAGUCGGCCCCCAUCCUGCUGUCUCCACGUCAUGUGGUCGGGAUGAAAGAUACGGCUUUACUGGACCUCAUGUUUGAGACGAACCCACUGGACGCGAGUGCAGACCAGAGACUCCGCAUCGAGUCCCAGGCGCUGGAGAUCAUCUAUGACUCUAUGACAGUGAACAGUAUGUCAGCUUUCUUCAUGCCUCCAAAGGACCUGCAGCUGGAUGAACUGACCAACGCCACCCUCAUGAAGCUGGAGCAGUUCAGAGACAAGACCUCCACAGGACUCAUGUACAUCAUUGAGACUCAGAAGGUUCUGGAUCUGAAGAUAAACCUCAUGGCUUCAUAUGUCAUUGUACCAGAAAAUGGCUUUUAUGACCCCAAACACAACCUUGCCAUUCUGGAUUUGGGUCAUUUCCAGAUGUCCAGUCAGAGCAGAGUUGGCCUGCCUCAGCUGUCUGUGGGCAGCAGCACUUUAGAGGACAUCAUGUCUCGAGCUUAUGACAGCUUCGAUGUCCAACUCAGCAGUUUGCAGUUCCUCUACACCAAAGCAGGUGGUGACUGGAAGCGGGCUCGUCCGCUCAGACAGUCUGCUUUCCACAUCCUGGAGCCUGUGGACCUGAAGGUGGUCUUCAGCAGAGCCAUGGUGGUGACGGACUCACGAAUGCCCAAGUUUAAGAUUUACGGUGAGCUCCCUCUUCUGUCUCUGCGUAUCUCUGAUGAUAAAGUGCGUGGCGUCCUGGCAUUGCUUAGCAGCAUUCCACUUCCUGAGAGUCGCCCAGCGCCCCAGACUAGAGCGCCACAAGCUACACCCAAGGCCUCCAAACGAGGGAACACACCUCAGCUCACCCCUCGAAGACCAGCCAUAGACGACCUGCGUGCAUCCAUCAUAUACGGCUCAGAUGAGGAGCUGUUCUUUGAUGCCCCUAGUUCACCGAUCGAGGAUCUGCCGUUCUUUGAGGCUUCCACUGGCUCUCUGCAGGGUUCAGCCUCUGAUAAGCGUCUGUCCAUGGUGCUCAAAGACCCCAAGAAGAACAUGACCGAGUUCCUCUUGAGAUUUGAGAUCAGCAAGCUUUCCAUUCAGCUGUGCCGCUUGUCCGGCAGAGAGGAAGUGAGCGUUCUGCAUCUGUUCAUUGAUGGAUUAGGGACAGAACUCAAACUUCGCACCUUUGACAUGUCUUCAUACACCUUCCUGCGUGAGAUCUGCCUCGAGUGUUCAGAGUACUUGGAUUCUGAGGACAAGAAAGUUCACCUUAUCACCACUCUGGAUAAUACUGAGGAAGAUCUGCUCACUUUGGAGUAUGUCAAGUGCACUGUAACGUGUUCAUGCUUAAAAAAAGAGGCACAAGACGAGCAGCCCGUCCUACCCAAGGAGGAAGAGGAAGAGGAGGCAAAAAUAGAGGAUUCUGCUGUUAUCAAGAAAUCUUCCUGUAAGAAGUCAAAGUUUGAGGAUGUGGUGAAUUUGCACAUCCGAGCAGACCUCAACUGUCUGAAGGUCUUCAUAAGAGGAGAGAAAGCCAGGAUCUCUGAGAUCAGCAUAGAGGGGCUGGUUUCUGAAGUUCAGAUGAAGAAGAAGUGCGUAGAGAUUCUCGCUAACCUGAAGAACAUUGUAAUUCUGGAUUGUGACAAAGAGGCACUAUAUAAAAAGGCAGUGUCCAUCGCGGAUAAGGAGGUGUUUGAUUUCCGCAUGGUGAACCAUGUGGAUGCAACGGAGGGCGACGCCUACACAGACAUGCACAUUGUGGACACCAGUGUAACUUUGACUGUGGGCUGCAUUCAGGUUAUUUUCCUCAACAAGUUUAUGUCCUCAAUACUGGCAUUUAUUAAUAAUUUCCAGGAGGCUAAAAAUGCAUUGGCAGAGGUGACAGCCCAGGCAGCAGAGAAAGCAGCCACAGGGGUUUUGGAGCUGGCAGAGAGAAGCACACGUAUCUCCCUGGAUGUAGACAUUAAAGCUCCUGUUGUCUUCCUCCCACAAUCCUCUGUUUCCCACAAUGUCAUUGUGGCAGAUCUGGGUUUAGUGACUGUAAAGAACCACUUUGAAAUUGUCUCCUCUCCAGCACACACCAAGAUCCCCCCUGUCAUGGACAUCAUGGCCGUGGGACUGAGUGAUCUUAAAAUGUACAGGACCACAUUCACUGAUGGACAAUUUAAGAGUGAACUUCAGUUACUCAAACCAGUCAACAUGGACCUGUCAAUCAAACGCAAUCUCUCUGCCUCCUGGUAUCACAGCAUUCCUGACAUCCAGAUCAAUGCACACCUCAAACCCAUGAGCCUAAUCUUGAGUCAGGAGGACCUAACUAUAGUGCUGAAGACUCUGAGUGAGAAUCUGUCUGAGAAUUCUGAUGCUCCUCCAGCUCCAUCCAGCCCUGAUAAAGGAGACACGGUUUCUACCAAGGAUUCUCAGAGUUCUGGAGGAAACACGGUUGUGACCGCAGCAGUGGUGGAGGGCCCGAAAACAGGAAAACUAAAGAACACUCUGAAACUGGACUUUAAGUUUGACUCCAUGACACUAGUCCUGUACAGCCCCAACAACAAUGAGAUCCAGUUAUCAGACUCCCGUGAUGAGAGUUUGAAGUUGGCAGAGUUCAUGUUGGGCACCAUCUCCACCGCUGUGCACAUGUUCUCUGACAGCUCCAUGAAAGCCUCCCUCAAACUCACAAACUGUCUGCUGGAUGACAAGAGACAGAGGGUGAAAAUGAUCACAUCCAGGAUGAUGGCGAUGCGUCAGGGUAGGGAAGGCAAUGUGAUGGUAGACAUGAGUUACCGACAAGGCCGGGACGGCACCGUGCUGGACACCCUGGUUCAGGACCUCUAUCUGUGUGCCAGUAUGGAGUUCCUGCUCACAGUAGCUGAUGUCUUUCUUAAAGCUAUGGCAGAUGGCUUCUCUGGUUCCCCUAAAAACAAACAACCCGCCAGUUCAUCUAAAGACCCAGCGGUUCCUGCUGCACCAGUGGUUGCCAAAACUGAGAUGAACAUUGUGGUAAAGAAUCCUGAGAUCGUUUUUGUGGCCGACCUCACACGCGCUGAAGCUCCGGCUCUAGUUAUGACGACGCAGUGUGAGCUGGUGAUGAAGAACGAACCCAGCGGCCAGUCGAUGACGGCUGCCAUUUCAGACCUGAAUGUGGUGGCGUGUCCGCUCCUGCGAGAGAAGCGUGAGCACAACGUGACGACGGUGCUUCAACCCUGUCAGGUGUUCUUUCAGAGCAGCCAAUCACCUUCCCAGCCACAGUCCAUCGAGCUGUCCAUCAGCUCCCUCACACUCAAGGUGUCUCCCAUCAUCCUAAACACCGUUAUCACCAUUCAGUCAGCGCUGAGCCCUGCAGCUGAGACCCCUGAGGAACUGGAGAGUCCUGUGCCACAGGAUCUUUGGGAACGUCGCAACCUGCGAGACCUAAAGCUCUGGUUCCUGGAGGAGGAAGAAGAGAAUGUCACCCAGUCUGUCAUUCCACUCGUUCCUCAUGGAGAGUCUCUCAAAAUGAACAUCCACACCAUCUGCCUGACGCUGGAGGCCGGGGUGGGCCAUCGCACUGUGCCCAUGCUGCUGGCCAAAGCCUCGUUUCAGGGAAACGUGAAAAACUGGAGUACUCUCAUUAACCUACACUGUCACCUAGACCUGGAGGUUAAUUAUUAUAAUGAGAUGAUGGGCUUAUGGGAACCACUGUUGGAGCCUCUUGAUAAUGAGGAGAAAGAUGGCUUCAGACCAUGGACUCUAGCAAUGAAGAUGAAGAAGAAGCCAGUAUCACAUUCUGGAGUAUCUGACGAGGUGGACGGCAGUGUGCCUGAUUAUAAAACGGUCAUCAGCUUCACAAGUAAAGACCAGCUUAACGUCACCCUCUCCAAGUGUGGCCUCCACAUGCUCAGCAAUCUAGGAACGGCAUUUGCAGAGGCCACUAAGCAGACCGCUGAAAGCUUUCAGAAGGACCAGGCUCCGUUUGUGGUGAAGAAUCGUUUGGGUUUGCCGGUGGCAGUGCUGCACAGCGAAGUGUUUAGACCCAUCGGUAAAGAGUCUAAAAAUCGUGUGGUGGAGCUCCAGAAUGGAGAGAGUCUGAAUAUGGACUACACCCACACUGCUGAGUCCAGUGACCAGUUCUCAGCCAUGACCAGCCUCAGUGCCAAAAACUACAUACAGCCCACUCCAGUUGGCCACACUACCGCAAGUGUAAUCCCACUAAUCAAAACAGGACGGGACAUGCAUAGCGUCAUGCACCGUGACUCUGGUGUCACUCGCUUCUUUGUCUGUCAGAUUUACACUGCCGAGGGAAGCAAAUAUGUCAAGAUCCGCUCUCCUUUCCAGAUUAUCAAUCACUUUUCGGUGGCGUUCCGUGUUUAUGAGGGAUCUGAGUGUCUGGGCAUCUCUCUGCCUACAGAGGAGUUCUGUGUGCCGCUGGGCUCCUACAGAGCUGAACUGAGCCUGCAGCCUAUAACUGAAGGCGAGGAGCAGUACGACCACUCUGAGGGUUUCACUUAUAAUGAGGUGAAUCAGAAGCCCGGAGAGUGUCUGGAGAAAGCCUGCCAUCAUCAUGGAGACAGCGCCCAGAUGCUGAAGGUCAACAUGGUUCCUCUUCCAGACACUGUGAUGUCUCACAGCACUGAGGAGGAGUUUGACAAGCCCAUCAUUCUGCACCUGUGGCCCACCGUUCUCCUCCGCAACCUCCUGCCGUACCCCAUCACCUUCAAGAUAAAGGGCAAUGGAGAUUUCCCCUCUUCCUUACUGAAAGCGGGCCACUCCUCCCAGAUCCACACCGCUAUCAUGGAUUUCUCCACUCUGGAGCUGAAGCUGCUGGGAUACCUGCAGCAGGACUGGGAGGCCAAGUACAGUCUCUGCAGCGACUGUGACGAGAUCAGCUUCAUCAGGUUUCUCUCGCUGGGAGAGGACGAGGAGACGGAGACGAGGCCGGAGCUAAACAUCGCUGUCCAUGUUAAGAAGGAGGAGGGUCAGCUGGUGGUGGCCAUCCACUCCCCGUACUGGAUGGUGAAUAAGACAGGCAGACUGCUGCAGUACAAGGCAGAUGAUAUUCAUCGCAAACACCCGAAGGAUUACGACAUGCCCCUCCUCUUCUCUUUCAAGCCACGCAACUUUCUGCAGAACAACAAGAUUCGCUUGAUGAUUUCAGAAAGUGAAUUAUCAGAUGAUUUCUCCAUCGACACUGUUGGGAGUUACGGUGACGUCAAAUGCAAAGGGGAACAGAAGGAUUACAUGGUGGGAGUGAAGAUAGAUGCAACCAGCUUCAGUUUGACACGGUUGGUGACGUUCCUGCCCUUCUACAUGCUGGUGAACAGAACCAAGCACAUAAUCCGAGUCUGUGAGGAAGGGCUGGAUCAAUGGACAGAGGCCCGACCCGGACAGGUUGCGGUUCCGUUCUGGCCAGAAAGAGAUUCAAAGAAACUCCGAGUCAUAGUGGAGGGCUGCCAAUCAUCGCCACGGCCGUUUGACUUCCACCAGCCAGAGAACUGCCUCCUGCUGCACCUGGACAAAACCUUGGGUGGUAUUAUUGUGGAUGUGAAUCUGACAGAACAUUCUGCCGUCAUCCGGUUCUCUGAUUACCAUGACGGUGCCGCUCCAUUCCUCCUCAUCAACCACACUAAAGACGAGACGCUACAGUUUCACCAGAGCUCUCAGGCAGAAAUGGAUGAGCUGGCUCCAGGUCAGGCGAUGUACUACACCUGGGCCGAACCGACCGGCUCAAGAAUACUGAGCUGGAAGUGUGGCAAGUACAAAGGAGAGCUCAAGAGCGAAGAGGACCAGUUGUUGGAUGUGAGCAAGGAGGGAAAAUUCUUUGUCGUCUCAUUUUAUGAAGGCCUCCAACGUGUGGCGCUUUUCACCACCGAGCCGUGUGUCUUCAAGAAGAUUUGCGAUAAUGAGAAAAUAGAGCUGGCUGAACAGGAGACCUGCAUCUCGUUACAGAACAUGGGUGUCUCACUGGUCAACAACACCACCAGCCAGGAAGUGGCCUUCAUUGGCAUCACCAGUUCUGAUGUGGUGUGGGAAACCAAGCCUAAGAAGCGAAGCCGAUGGAAGGUUUUAAGUGUUAAAGAGGCUACGAUGUUGGAGCAGCGCUACAGAGAUUAUAUGGAGAGCGGGCCAGUGGACAGCCUCAUCAUUGACCUAGAGAACGACUACCAGGUGUUGUUUGCUGCUAAUGGGGUGGACAUGAGGAUAAUGCAGCCCUUUGAUGCUCCGCUCAGGAGGAACUUCCUGCCAGCACUAAAGGUGGAGUACAGUGUCUCCGCCCGUCAGAAAACCUACAGAGUCCAGAUCAACAGGAUUCAGAUCCAAAAUCAGUUGCCUGGAGCCAUCUUCCCAUUCGUCUUCUACCCCAUCAAACCGCCCAAAUCAGUCAGCAUGGACUCAGAGCCGAAACCGCUCGCUGACGUCAGCAUCAUCACCAGAGCAGCCGGACACUCCGACAUUCUGCGCAUCAAGUAUUUUAAAGUGUUGAUUCAGGAGAUGGACCUGCGGGUAGAUCUUGGGUUCCUGUAUGCCAUACUUGAGCUCUUCACUGCUGAGCACGCCAGUGCUGUCACGUCUGAACAGGAGGUGGAGUUGUUUGAGAAGGACAUUGAGUAUCUGAAGACCGAGUUGAAUCAUAGUUCAGCUACAGACACGUCCCCCAUCAGCCUGUACGAAUACUUCCACAUCUCUCCCAUAAAGCUUCACUUGAGUUUCUCUCUGAGCACCGGUGGUGAAGACGGGAAUAAGAAAGAGCGCGAGACAGAGGUCAUUCCCGUUCAGUCUCUCAACCUCCUGCUGAAGAGUAUUGGAGCUACACUCACUGACGCUCAGGACGUCCUCUUCAAACUUGCGUUUUGUGAGCUGACGUACCAGUUCCGCACCACUCAGCAGCUGCAGUCGGAGGUCAUCCGCCAUUAUUCCAAACAGGCUAUCAAGCAGAUGUAUGUUCUGGUUUUGGGUUUAGAUGUCCUCGGGAAUCCUUUCGGACUGAUCCGCGGUCUGUCUGAAGGUGUCGAGGCCUUCUUUUAUGAGCCUUAUCAGGGUGCCAUACAGGGACCAGAGGAGUUUAUCGAAGGCAUGGCACUCGGUGUGAAGGCUCUGGUUGGAGGAGCUGUGGGCGGUCUGGCCGGAGCGGCGUCUCGGAUCACGGGAGCGAUGGCUAAAGGUGUAGCCGCCAUGACCAUGGAUGAGGAGUAUCAGCAGAAGAGACGCGAGGCCAUGAACAAGCAGCCCAGCGGACUGAGAGAAGGCCUGACACGAGGAGGGAAGGGACUCGUCUCUGGGUUUGUGAGCGGCAUCACGGGCAUUGUGACUAAACCCAUUAAAGGAGCUCAGAAGGAAGGAGCGGCGGGUUUCUUUAAGGGUGUGGGCAAAGGUUUGAAUAUUGAAAAUGGACGGUUUGCCAAGUACAGAUACUUUGCUCAUGCUAAGGUGAACGAAUCCGAUUUCCUGAUGAUCACUAAAAGAUCUGAAUGCAGAGCUGCGGAGACGUCUCAGGAUGUGGAGAGUUUACGUCCUCCUCGUUUCAUCCAUGAGGAUGGAGUCAUCCGGCCGUAUAAGGAGAGAGAGGGCAUAGGCAGCCAGAUGCUGCAGGUGACACAUGACACUUCACUUCCUGCCGUCACACCCCUGGUGUUCAAGAUAAUGGUGUUAAAAAUGGGGAUAUUUUUUGUGACUAGGGGCACGUUCGGGCAGCUGACGUGCGAGUGGCAGUAUCUGUUUGACGAGUUUACCAAAGCGCCCAUGAUCGUGGAGGGCAGGAGACUGCGUAUAGAAGCAAAGGAACGAGUCAAGUCGGUGUUUCAUGCCAAAGAGUUUGGGAAGAUCAUCAAUUUCAAAACUCCAGAACUAGCAAAGGAGCACAAUGAGUGUUUGGGCAGAAAUUGUCAUUUAUGCACAGAAAGGGGAUUUCAAAGGGAUAGUUCACCCAAAAAUGCCAAAUUCCUUAACCUUCAAGUUGUUCCAAACCUGGGGAUAUUUUUUGUGACUAGGGGCACGUUCGGGCAGCUGACGUGCGAGUGGCAGUAUCUGUUUGACGAGUUUACCAAAGCGCCCAUGAUCGUGGAGGGCAGGAGACUGCGUAUAGAAGCAAAGGAACGAGUCAAGUCGGUGUUUCAUGCCAAAGAGUUUGGGAAGAUCAUCAAUUUCAAAACUCCAGAACUAGCAAAGUGGGUUCUUGCCAAGCUUGAGGAUGCCAGGGAAACUCUGCCGAAGUAAGGACAGUUAAAGCGACAUGCGAUGAUCCUGCGCUCAGCUGUGUGCCUUUAUGCUGCUUUUGCAGUGUGCCACUUCACAUUAUACCCACAAUGCAACAGUCAUUCACUAAACACUGAAUACCACAUUGGUAAUGACUGUUAGACUGUGUGUUUGUGUGUUCAGUUUACAUUAUAUUGUACCUUUCUUUCCCCCUCACUGUCUGAGCUCAAUCUGUCAUAAUUCCUUAUUUGCUUGAACACAUUUACAUAUUACGUUUUUACAAUGUGCCUCGACAUGCAGUUCAGCGACUGGAAAGACGUCUCUUAACUAAAGCCACACUAAAGUGUAAAUGAAGGUGAUUAAAAUUAAGGUACAUUUUAUACACAUUAAUAAAGACCAAUACACUGUAUGUAUUUUCUUUGUCUUUACAUGUGAAUGUGUGUCGCAUUUAAACAGAAAUGACCAGGAAUGUUUGAAAAUGGGAAUCUCUUGCUGUAUGCACAGGAGAGCAGGGAUUUUUUUUUUUAAAUAUGUGGCUUUGCAUGAAAUGAUAUUUUUGUUUCACAGUGUCUGUUUAAUUCAGCUUGUCUCAAUACUCAACAGUAAACAUUCGAUGGCUUCUCGACUGCUUUAUGUCUCUAUGCAGCCGCACUGCAUUGCUGAAGAACUGUAACAUAACACAAAUAUGCAACUGUUUAUUUUUAGCUUUCCAGUACAGCUAUUGUUGUCCAUUUUCUUAAUGAAUGUCAAUGAAUUGACAUUAAAGUCGAUAUGAAAUCAAAACUGACACUAUUUAUUGAUCCUGAUGUCAGGAUGCCUUGGGCGACCUGUGAAUGAUGCAAACCAAUAAAAUAGAUGUAGAUGU